AUGUCGUCAUCACUUUCGAGAUUGUUAUCUCGCGCAUUUGGGUUUCAAUCCUCUAUCUCUUUCACCAACCCUUUGUUAAUUCCCGCCGUUACCUCUUCGAGACGCGCUUACACGAACAGCGGCAGUGAUCCAAUAAUAAUAGAACAGCUGACUGAAGGCGAAAAAUAUCUUUAUGAAAAAUUGUCCAAGAAUUUGAAUCCUACUAGAUUACGUGUUGAAGAUAUCUCGGGUGGUUGCGGGUCGAUGUACUCAAUAGAGAUUUCUUCGGAACGGUUCAAAGGACUGCCAAUGAUAAACCAACACAGAAUGGUCAAUGAGUUGCUGCAUGAAGAAAUCAAGAACAUGCACGGGAUACAGCUUAAAACAUCCGCAUCAUAA